AUGGCAUCACUUCGACCUGGUCUUGCUUUAGUACCAAGAGUAAUUGGUCGUCGACAAUUCAGUUUAAGUCAACGUAUGCGUUUACAAGAUAAUUUUGAUACAGAAUGUUUACCUGGUUCAAGUGUUCCAUUUGAUACAAGUAGCAAAUGGGGUUUAGCAAUAAAAAUGGUUCUCUACAUAUCAUCAGCUGUUGCUGUUCCAUUCCUUGCUAUGCGUUGGCAAUUACUUAAAAAACGUGCUGGUUAA